AUGCAAGAUCUACGCGAAGCAAUCUCGCCAAGGCGAGCCGCAGAAUUACAAAGACAGUUGAUGGAUUUUCGGCGACGAGAAGAAAACUUCCAGGGACAGUUACGGGAGAUGCAGGAACGGGAACAGGAUUUACAAAGGCAGCUUAGAGAGUUUCAAGAACGGGAUCAGAACUCUGCAGAGUUUCAGCAGCGCGAGGAAAAUUCCCAAAGAGAGUUAGGAGAGAUGCGGCAGCGAGAAAGGAAUUUACAAAGUCAGUUGAGAGAGCUUCAAGAACGGAAACAAAACUCUCAAAGGCAUCUAACGGAGUUUCAGCAUCGCGAAGAAAAUUCCCAAAGAGAGUUAAGAGAGAUAAAGCAGCGAGAAAGGAAUUUACAAAGUAAAUUGAGGCAGCUUCAAGAACGGGAAGAAAACUCUCAAAGGCAUCCGACAGAGUUUCAGCAACGAGAAGCAAAUUCCCAAAGGCAGUUAACGGAGACAAGACAGCUGACGGAGUUUCAGCAACGUGAACAAAAUUCUCAGACGCAGCUGAGCGAGACGAGACAGCAGUUGAUAAAUUGCCAAGAACAAGUUGCUGAACUACAGUUAAGUCUUUCAACCGCUCAGCUGACGGAGUUUCAGCAACGUGAAGAAAAUUCUCAGAGGCAGCUGAGCGAGACGAGACGGCAGUUGAUAAAUUGCCAAGAACAAGUUGCUGAACUACAGUUAAGUCUUUCAACCGCUCAGCUAACAAUAAAUCAAUUGCGUAGCCAGGAGACACGAGACUGGGUUAUUCCCCGCGACGAAAUUCAAAUCACAGAGAAAUGCCUUGGGAGGGGAGGAUGGGGAAGUGUCAAUGAGGGAACGUAUUGUGGCUGUACUGUAGCAGUAAAAGAAAUCUACGAAUUGAUUCUCUCCCCUCAUAACAUACCUCUUUUUGAGAGAGAAAUGAAUGUUGCAUCCAAGUGCCGCCAUCCUCAACUGGUACAGUUUAUAGGCGCCACCAACGAUGAGGGAAGUCCUCUGAUUGUAACCGAGCUGAUGGAGAAAAGUCUGCGGACGCUGUUGGAGCAGCGGCAACUCUCUGAAACGGAAAUAGCCAUCAUUUCUUUGGAUGUAGCUCGAGCACUGAACUACCUUCAUCAGAAGAAACCAGGUCCUAUCAUUCACCGUGACGUCAGCAGUGCUAAGGUGUUACUAUGGCGACAGGGUGACCAAUGGAGAGGCAAAGUGUCAGAUCAUGGCAGUGCUUAUGUCAUACAGCAGACCAUGACAUUGGCUCCUGGAGCUAUGAUUUACAACGCACCUGAAGCAUUUACAUCAAACCAAACAGUCAAGGUUAGUUUUAGUGCAAUUUCAGGACUGUUUAAUUACCAAGACUGUACAGCAAGGCUAAGAGUGGCAGAAGUGAAAGUGACCCUUGUCCUUUCGCCAAAACUCACCUUCUUGUCCAAUCCACAAACAAUUCAAUAUUCUUGAACUGAAAUGACUAUAUCUUUUUCAGGAGUCUUUGUACCUUGUUCUGCACUUUUUCACUGUUUUAUAUUCUUCUUUAUGCAUUUGAUCUAAGUAUUUGUUUUGUUUAAUUAACGUUUCUUUUUAUAAUUUAUCUCUUCUUUUCUCUAAAGACAACAGUUACGGGUUGUCAAAAGUUAAUAUUUUAAACGACAAAAGAUUUAACCCCAGAACGUCCCAUGAACUCUGUUUAAGGAUAUUCUGUUUUCUCUUUUAUUUACUUAAUCCAUAUUUCGAUAAUCAUCUGUUUUAUUCUUGAGGUUCCGCACCUUGUGGUGCUUUAUAAUAUUACAACGUCCAAAUAAUGCAAUUGAAUAAUAUUCGGGCAUAAAGUGAUCGAUUAUAAUUGUUGUUAGGUUGAUGUCUACAGCUUUGGUGUUCUUCUUUGUGAAAUGUGCAACCGGGAACUUCCAGAUCCUCGAAGGCGAGAAGAGCAAGUCGUACUUGUAACAAACGGUGUGUUUCGUGGCUUGGUACGGCGAUGCCUGCAGAGAGAUCCUGGGGCAAGACCAACCAUGCAGGAGGUAAUUGAUAAACUGGAAGAUGCCAAUGUAUCAUCUUAAUUGUAGAACCAACGGUACCAUAUCAUUGAUAAUUUGCUGUUUGACGGAAAGGUUUAUAAAUUAUUGGGGAGCUUAAGCAACUAAGACGACGACGACG